AAAUAUUUGAUAUGCCCAUAACGCGGUAUUAAAAUGUACAUCCCGUGCGGCAGGUGGCAGUAAUGCGCUCUUGAAGACUGACGGUCGCGUGCAGUGAACGAACAAAAACAUGGCGACGUCCUUGGUCAGACAGACAAAAUUGCUGUCGAUUGUGACCAGCCAGUUAAGUUCUGCUGCAUGUUUCAGGAACAUUCACUGCACUGCAGCUUGUUUAAAGAACCGUGCAGCUCGUAUUCGAGUGGGUAAAGGAGACAAGUCAGUGACUUAUGAGCAGGCGUAUCACCCUCAUCACAUCGGCCACAGGAAGGGCUGGCUCUCACAGCACACCAGUAAUCUUCAGGGUGAAGAUGGAGCGGCGGAGCGUGUGGUGGAGGACGUCUUCAUCAGACGCUUCAUGUACGGCACGUUUCACGGCUGUUUAGCGGAUGAGAUUGUGAUCAAACGCAGAGGAAACCUCCUGGUCAUCUGUGCUGUGAUGAUACAGAAACUCUUACCGUCCAAAUUCUACUUUCUCAUUGGUUACACAGAGGAACUGCUCUCGCAUUUCUACAAAUGUCCAGUUAAAAUCGAGAUGCAGACGGUAGAAGAAAAAGUAGUCUACAAGUAUCUCUGAGGCCAUGUGUUGUGGGUUUAGAAAAUUGCUAUUAAAGGGAGAAGCUUGAGGAAUGUUUUUUCAUUUAUUUGGGAAAUCACUAGUAAAAAUAUCCACACGAUGGUGACGUGAAAGUGUCUUAGACUGUGUGUGCUUGUAAAGAUUAAAAUAUUUCUUUAUUGCUUCA